AUGUGGACGGUAUGGCCUCUGAAUUGGUUUGAGGAUAUAUUAAAUAGUGAGUACCUUCUAUGGCUUUUUCUUCCGAUCAUCAUUGUAUUCGUCGUGCCGGCGUUCCUGGUGAUAUUCAUUUAUGGUUGUGUAAUAUUUCUUCACGUUUAUGGGUUUCGCCACCAAAUUCGUGAGGCUUACCAUACUAGUUAUUGGAACGGAGCACGUAUUGCCAUCACGUCAUUCUGGGAUGCGGUUGGACACGUUUGGCACGGUUAUGAAUUAGAUGGUAUCGAAAACGUGCCAGAUAACGGGUCUGCCCUCUUUAUAUAUUACCACGGGUGUCUGCCGUUGGAUGUAUACUACCUCAUCGCUAAACUGGUACUUCACAAAAACCGUUCGCUUCAUUGCGUUGGCGAUAAGUUCAUCUUCAAAAUUCCAGGUUGGAGUGCUAUCUGUAAAGUAUUCAUGAUCACGCCCGGCACUGUUGAGGAAUGCACUAAUCAAUUGAGAGAAGGCAAUCUUCUCUGCAUAGCUCCUGGAGGUGUGCGAGAAGCGCUCUUCUCCGAUCCCAACGUGUACGACAUGCUAUGGGGAAAACGUCUGGGGUUCGCUCGAGUAGUGAUUAACUCAAGGACGGUAAGUGAUUUCCUAGGUGUUAAGAUCUGA